UUACAUCAACAUCCUCUCCAGCAGCGGGGAACUGCCUCCUCAUCAGGGAGGUUCGUCGCAGCCGUUUCGUUGUUUUUAAGGUGGGAGCGGGCGGGGUGCAGUCAGAAGGAGCAGCAGCUGUCACACGCUGCAUUAACCGCUGCGUGGCUCUCAGUUAGACAUGAGAAAUUAAUAGAGAAUUACUUCAACUAAUGUUACAGGCGGAUACAUCUUUAGAGAUUUAGCGAAAGUGCCGUUUAACUGAUAGUCACUGGUUAAAGUUGCUUUGCGCGAGACUAACUGCUGAAAGUUGAGCACGCGCGCGACAGAGGGACCACAGCGUGCUGAGACCGCAUUUACAACCGACAAAGAAAAGGACUACAAAUACAAAAAAAAUCAAGAUAUUUAAAGAUUUAUACGGAAGAAAGUGGUCUGCAUAAAUUCUAUUCAGCAGCACUGACCAGCGUAGAGGACGAAUAUCGAGUUAUUAUGGUGACCACCAAGGGAACUAAUCUUAACCCUAAUGCCAAAGUGUGGCAGGAGAUCCCAACGCAACAGAACGACAUCCCAGAAGUAUCAGAUGGUUCCUCCUGGCUGCACACAAACUCUUCCUCUGGUGAGAUGACUGAUGGAUUCUCAGAGCUGUUCUCUCCGGAGAGUAAAGGAUACUCUAUGGACUACCUGAAUAGCCCUGAGGAAUACUUCACACACAAUGAUGUGGAGCUUCCAGAUUUGGGGUAUUUGGUCUACGAUCAACAGGACAAUCCCUCCACACACGCUGAACUGUCUGAGGGAGAAGCAGUGACUGAGGAGAGCGUAAGAGAGUCAUUAAAAAAGCGACUGGAGUUCUGCUUUUCUAGAGAGAACCUUUCUAAGGAUCUUUACCUGAUAUCCCAGAUGGAUGGUGAUCAGUUUAUUCCUAUCUGGACAAUUGCCUGCAUGGAGGACAUCAAAGCUCUCACCACUGAUAUGGAUCUGAUUCUGGAAGUAUUGAGAGCUUCUCCCUUAGUGCAAGUUGAUGAUGCUGGUGAGAAAGUUCGACCUAACCACAGCCGCUGUAUCAUUAUUUUAAGGGAAGUGCCAGAGACUACACCAGUUGAGGAGGUAGAGGCUCUUUUCAAGAAUGAAAACUGUCCAAAACUGCUGGGUGUUGAGUUUGCUCACAACAGCAACUGGUACAUAACUUUUCAGUCGGAUAUGGAUGCACUGCAGGCAUACAGGUACCUACGAGAGGAAGUUAAAGUCUUCAAAGGGAAACCCAUCAUGGCUCGCAUUAAGGCCAUAAAUACAUUCUUUGGGAAGAAUGGAGGGGUGUACCAGCAGCCAGGCCAACCACAGGCCCAGUAUGUGCCUCCAGUGUAUAUGCCACCGGUGUACAGCCCUCAGCAGGAGUAUCCUGUUUACCCUUUGGUGUCUCCUACCUGGAACCCCUCGAUUGUGCCACACUUUGAAACGCCACUGGCCCCUUUCCCCAAUGCUGGAUUCGUGAAUGGAUACAACAGUCCUGGGAACUACAAACUAACUUCUGGCUCGGUCAAUGGCCAUCGUCCUAAUGGCAGGAACAGGAACCAUGUCAAAGGACAUCAUAGACCUGGAGAUCCUAUUUCAUCUAACUUGGCUUUAGGGACAAUGAUGAAUGGCAUCUCUGGUCCAACGGCACAGUCUGCUUUAUCUGCCUUCAACCUUAGAGAGGCGUCCUCAUUGUUCUCGACAUCCAGUGGAGAUCAGGGCCGUGCAGGAAGAGACAGGAGGAAUGGCCACAAAGGCAUGAGAAGGAAAAAAGAAGACGAGUUUUCCACGAAACCUGUCCCGUUGAUGGAAGCCAAGGCAGCCCCUCCUAAUUUUGACCUGGCAGGCUCUAGCUUCCCUCCUUUGCCAGGGUCUGUGGUCCCUGUUCAGGGAGAAACUGUGACAGAGGUACGCCUCUCUGAUGUCGUCCGUGGCCUAAAGCUUCAAGCCAAGACAGGAAAUCGUGAAAAUAUAUUAGCUGUUAACACAAAAGGCUCUAAAAGUCCUGCUAACAAACAGGAUUCUACCUCCCCGUGUACUACACCAGCUGUUGCUGAGAUGCAAAUGGCAACACCGCCAGAUUCAGGUGCAUGUCUAACAGUAGACAAAGGAGAUGAAGGUGAACCAGUUGCUGUGCAGGGAGACCUCGCUCCAUCCACUGAGGCUGAGUGUAAAACCACUCCAGAAACACCCCCCAGUGUGAGCGGUAAAACUGUUUCUCAAAAACAGUCAUCAGAGCAAGAAUGGCAGGAGUCAAGAAAGCUUAGCUAUGCUGAGGUGUGCCAGAGACCAGCCAAAGACCCACCGCAAGCAGAGACGCCAUCCCCCUUGCCUCCUGUCACUUCCCCCAACCACCCUCUGAAAGAACUCAAGGUCAAUACUGUUAAGGAGCCUCAGCUGAACACCAAAAAAGGUGCUGAGAAAGUUGGAGAUAAACCUUCUCGACAGCUGUCCCGUACAUUCCGUGGCGCUUCCGGUCAUACCAGAGCAAAAGGUUCCGGGAUGAAGAUCCGGGAACAUCAGAGGGGCUCGAAUGCUAGCAAGCAGUUCCCCCCACAGCGAGGACCAAAAUCCAGUGGCAAAGAGCAAAACGUACCCCCACCCUUACAAAAAUAAAUGCAUUUCAGAACUUUACAGACCUUAUUUAAAUGUGUAAAUAUGUAAAUACAGAUGGAUCUAUUUCUUUUGACAGAUUUUGUCAAAUAUGUUUAAAUAUUUACUGUGACUUAAAAGUCAAUGUUCCUUAAAGGAAAAUGUUUAUUUUAGCAGUGCUUAAAUGUUAAGUGUGUAAUUUUGAAUUUAAUUUAAUAUGGCAGUACUUCUAAACAGAUAUCCUGACAAUGUAUU